AUGAGCAAAGCCAGGAGGCCGCCGCCAGGCCGCGGUGCCGCCAUCGCCAGGCAGAUGGGUUUGCUGGUGGACCUCUCUCCGGAGGGGACGGCGGGGGACGACGCUGGGGACGAUGCCGCUGAGCUGGAGGCCGAGCUGCUGGCGCUGGUGGGAGGCCAAGCUGCGCCCGGAGAGAAGCCCAAGGGGAAAACCCCCUUGCCGAUGGAGGCGAUUGAGAGGAUGGCCGCCCUCUGCAUGAAGGACCCGGACGAGGAGGGGGAUGACGACGAAGAGCUGGAAGACGAAGACGAUCUCAUGGCCGAGCUGCAGGACGUGCUGGCCGAAGGGGAAGGGAGUGCGGACACGCCGACGCCUCCCGCCAAGGUGCCGGAGGCGCCUCCGGAGCCCAGCGACAUCGAGUCCACGCUGGCGGAGCGGGCAGGCAUGUACCGGAUGGCCAUCGCCAACGCCAGGGAGGCCGGCGACAGCUCCAGGGUGCGGCGCUACGAGAGGGGCCUCAAGACGCUGGAGAACAUGCUGGCCUCUGUCAAGAAGGGAAAAAAGAUCGACGAGGAGGAGAUCCCCCCUCCGGUGGCGCUGGGGAAGGGUGUGAGCCCUCCGCAGCCCACCCCGGUGUCCCCCCCACCCGCCGCCCGCCCCGGCUCCCCGCAGCUGCCCGCUGCCUCUGCCCCCAAGCCGCAGCCGCCCCCCGUUCUCCCGAAGCCCCGGGUCCUGCCCAUCAGCGCGCCGGAGACGAAACCAGCUCCUCCCUCGCCGUCUUCCCACCCAGGCUCUGACCGUGCCAGCGCCGAGGCCCUGCUGCGGGGCCGGCAGCGGGAAUACAAGCUGGCGGCGCUGCACGCCAAGCAGCGCGGAGACCUGGAGAUGGCCACAAAGUACUACCGAGUCGCAAAGAGCUUUGACUCUCUGCUUGACGCAGUGGGGAAGGGCCAGCCAGUGGAGCUGAGCAGCGUGCCACCUCCUCCCGACCAGCUGCCGAAGGAGUUGUCGUCGCCUGGCCGGCCGCAGCCUGCCGCAGCAGUGCCUGUGCCAGAAGCUAAACCAGCAUCUCCUGCGGCAGACGUCCCCGCCGCUCCCCGGGACAUGCUUGAGGCUCUGCAGCAGAGGAUGGAGCGGUACAAGAUGGCAGCAGCGCAGGCUAAGAGCAAGGGAGACGACCGGAAGGCCCGGAUGCAUGAGCGCAUCGUCAAGCAAUACCAGGACGCCAUCCGGGCACACAAAGCGGGGAAAAUGGUGGAUUUCUCCGAGUUGCCUGUUCCGCCAGGCUUCCAGCCCAUCCAGGGCGCGGAGACACCGUCCGGAGACCAGAGCAUCGCCGGAGUGCUGGAAACGGCCAUGAAGCUGGCCAGCCAGGAGGUCCACGAGGAGGAGGACGGCGCUGAGGAGGCAAAGCCUGCCGCCCGCCCUGCCCCGGCGCGAGCCGCCGCCUCCCAGCCCAAGCAGCCGCCGCCGCCUCCCCGAGCCUCCUCCGCGGGUGCCCCGAAUUCUGCCGGAGUGGCCAAACCGGACCCCAAAACCACCGCGAAAGCCCAGCAGCAGCUGGCAUUCCUGGAAGGCAGGAGGAAGCAGCUGAUGCAGGCUGCCCUCCGCGCCAAGCAGAAGAACGACAUCGAGGGGGCAAAGCUCUUCCUGCGCCAGGCCAAAGGGCUGGACCCCAUGAUCGAGGCCUCGCAGAACGGCCUGCCCGUCGAUAUAACCAAGGUGCCCGAAGCCCCCGUCAACAAGGAGGACUUUGUGCUCGUGCAGCGUCGAGGGGUGCACAUCUCUCCCGAGGCGGCCAGCCAGUACCUGGAGCUGAUGAAGCUGAUCAGGCAGCAGCACGAGAUGUGCGUGAAUUACUCCAAGCAGUUCACUCACCUGGGGAACAUUGCGGAGACAACCAAGUUUGAGAAGCUGGCUGAGGACUGCAAGCAGAACAUGGAGAUCCUGAAGCAGGCCCAUGCCCGGGGCUUCCCGCUGCCCAAGUACCAUUACGAGCAGCGAACCUUCAGCGUCAUCAAGAUCUUUCCGGAGCUGAACAGCAACGACAUGGUGCUGUCGAUAGUGAAAGGGAUCAACCUCCCGGCGCCGCCAGGUGUGGCUCCCAACGACCUGGACGCCUUCGUGCGCUUCGAGUUCCCCUACCCCAACGCGGAGGAAGCUCAAAAGGACAAGACCAACGUCAUCAAGAACACCGAUUCUCCCGAGUUCAAGGAGCAGUUCAAGCUGUACAUGAACCGCGGGCACCGUGGGCUCAGGCGCGUCCUUCAGACGAAAGGCAUCAAGUUCGAAGUGGCGCAUAAAGGGGGCCUGUUCAAGACGGACCGCGUCAUCGGCACAGCUCAGCUCAAGCUGGAGGCGCUGGAGACGACCUGCGAGGUUCGGGAGAUCAUCGAGCUGCUGGACGGCCGUCGGCCCACAGGGGGGAAGCUGGAAGUGAUCGUGCGGAUCAGGGAGCCCCUGAGCUCCCAGCAGCUGGAGACGAGGACGGAGCGCUGGCUGGUCAUCAACCCCAGCACCGUGCCCCCGGUCGCCGUUUCCAAACCCAAACCGGCCGUCGCUCCCACGAAGGAGGCGAACAACAGGCGAGUACCGGGGCGGUUGUCUGGCGAAUGGCUCCUGAAAGGAUGGGGCUGGGGGUACAUCGGGCGCUGCGCUGGGGGGGGCCGGGGAGGGCCACCGCCCCCUCCCCGUCCUCCCCCCGCCUCACCCGGGGCCAUUUUUCCCCCCCCCACCUCAAAACACCGCAGGGCCGUGCCCGCCCUGCCCAGCCUCAACCUGCUGGCCUUCGACCGGGAGAAGCUGGAGAGGAAGAUGCUGGCCUACACCCAGGCGCAGCGGCCGGUCCCCCCCGAGCUGCGGGAGCAGCACCAGGACAUCGCCCGGCGCAGCCAGUGCCUGCGGUCGCGCCUGCAGCAGGGCGACCCCCCCUUCCGCAAAGAGUACCUGGCGCAGCUGGAGCGGUACCUGCACCUCUACACCGAGGCGGCGCGGCGCCUGGGCAGCGAGGGCAACCGGGAGGCGGCCAAGGAAGCGCUGUACAAGAGGAACCUGGUGGAGAGCGAGCUCCAAAAGCUCCGCCGAUGA